AUGACAAAUGCUAAAUCGGAAAAAGAGGAGAAAUCAGAGGUGGAAUUGGAGCUGAAACUAUUGGAAGCUCUCGAAAUCUAUCCUCCCGCCAAAUUACGAGGCAUACAUAGGCACUUUGUGCUUUAUGGUUUAACAGAAUAUAUGUGCAGAAGUUUCAAUCGGUCAUUUACUGCAGAUGAUGUUUUGAAGUUGUUGGAUCGCUUCUACAACUUGGAAAUGCUGAAACCUGAUGACGAAGACGAGGAGAUCCUAAAUCAGGAGGAAGAUUUUCGCUUGCCGAAAAGUUAUUUCCUAGAGGAAUGA